UCAGUACGGACUGGCCUCCAGAACAGUCAGGGACGUCGCUUUGCCAACAUCGACGACGACGACGGCGACAGCCAGAGCGAGGGAGGCACACGCACCUGCCGUCGACCAUUCUUCCCUUUCUUCCUUUUUGACUAAUAUCAAAAUUAAAUCAAAAUCAGUCGAGACAUAUCGUGACAAGUGUUUGAUAAGUAUAACGAUAAGACAGUGUUGAGAUCCUUGGUAGCAGAGUGAUCGUCAGAAGAACGUUCGUCAGUAGCACUGACAAAGUGCCAAUCGUAUCAAUUGAUCGUAAUCGGCAGCGGUACCAAAACUAAGUCUCGCGAAGAAGUAGUGGACUUGGUGAAUCGAGGAAAAAUCGAUGGCCAUCAGUGCCCAUGGGCGGUCUCGCGUAUAAGACAAGAAAUAGCCCUUCCCAGAAAACCUCGCUCCGUUGGAGUGAUUGGCUCCAAAACCCCAAUCCAUCGUCGUCAACCCUUUGGAAGAACCGUCAAGGACACCAACCGCCGGUGCCUGUUUGAGGUUGUCCCCCCUUGCUUCGUGACUGUACUCCACGGAGUUCUCAGAGCUAUCCAAACGUUCCCGCGUUGGAUCGGUCACCAAAUCCCUGGGACCACAGUUUUCGUCAAUUUGAACACACACCACUAGAACCGUCUUCAAAGAUGAUUAACAUCGCUGGCCUGAUCUCCAUCAUACUAUUUUACGCGUUGAUCCUUGGCGUUGGAAUAUGGGCAGCAAGAAAGAAAGAGUCGGGCAAUGAUUCCGAAGAGGAGGUCAUGUUAGCUGGCCGUUCGAUCGGCUUGUUUGUCGGAAUCUUUACAAUGACAGCAACAUGGGUAGGCGGAGGAUACAUCAAUGGUACAGCCGAGGCGAUUUACACGAGAGGUCUAGUCUGGUGUCAAGCACCAUUUGGAUACGCUCUAAGCCUUAUUUUUGGUGGCAUAUUUUUUGCAAACAAGAUGCGACAACAGGGAUACAUCACGAUGUUAGAUCCGCUUCAAGAUGCUUUCGGGAAACGCAUGGGUGGCCUUUUAUUUCUUCCUGCCCUAUGCGGCGAGGUAUUCUGGGCAGCAGGGAUCCUAGCUGCUUUGGGUGCCACGUUAGCUGUUAUCAUCGAUAUGGACCAGGGUGCAUCCGUCAUUCUAAGCGCCUGCAUUGCAGUUUUUUACACUCUAUUUGGCGGCCUCUACUCCGUCGCUUAUACCGACGUUAUCCAGCUUUUCUGCAUUUUCAUCGGACUGUGGAUGUGCAUCCCGUUUGCCUGGAUCAAUCCAAAGGUAGAGUCACUUAGUUCCAUGGAGGUCGACUGGAUCGGCGAGGUCAAACCCGAGGAGUAUUUUUAUUACGUAGACUAUGGGUUACUUCUGAUAUUUGGUGGCAUCCCUUGGCAAGUUUAUUUUCAGCGAGUACUUUCGUCAAAAAGUGCAGGAAGAGCGCAACUGUUGAGUUACGUUGCAGCUGUAGGAUGCAUACUCAUGGCUAUCCCACCCGUUCUGAUCGGAGCAAUCGCCAAAGCAACACCUUGGAACGAAACAGGUUAUCACGGGCCAUAUCCGUUGACGGAAACCGAAACAAGUAUGAUUCUACCAAUGGUCCUGCAAUAUCUCACGCCAGACUUUGUUUCCUUUUUUGGAUUGGGAGCUGUAUCAGCAGCUGUUAUGUCAUCGGCUGACAGUAGCAUCCUCUCUGCCAGCUCGAUGUUCGCUAGAAACGUUUAUAAGUUGAUCUUCCGGCAGCGGGCAUCGGAGAUGGAAAUCAUUUGGGUAAUGAGAGCAGGGAUAGGAGUAGUUGGCGUCCUCAGUACAGUGAUGGCUUUGACGAUACCUUCGAUCUAUGGGUUAUGGUCGAUGUGUUCCGACUUGGUUUACGUUAUCCUCUUCCCUCAACUCCUAAUGGUCGUCCAUUUUAAGGAGUACUGCAAUACUUACGGCAGCUUGUCCGCUUAUAUAAUAGCACUUUUGGUGAGGAUCAGUGGUGGUGAACCAUUGAUGGGCUUGCCAGCACUGAUCCAUUAUCCUUGGUACGACGAGGAAACGAAAACUCAAAUGUUCCCGUUCAGGACAAUGGCAAUGUUACUUUCCUUGAUAACAUUGAUUGUCGUUUCCUAUGCUACGCAAGUUAUCUUUGAAACUGGUAUACUGGCGCCUGGAUACGACAUCUUCAGAUGCGUGGUGAACAUACCAGAAGACAUCGAACGUGUUGGACCAGAUCCAGCAGAAGGUGAACAAAUGGCAGUCCUUACAUCAGGAACCGGAAAGCUCUAUGGUAGCAAGAACGAAUCACACGGACGGGUGAAUCCUGCACUCGAGCCGGACUACGACAUGGAGCCAGGUUACAAAGCCAUCGAGAUGCCUGAGGAGGUCGUCGAUGGUGGCGGAGGUGGGAAACAGUUAAGUCUUCAUGGACCUAACACGCCUCCUCAAUCACAAUCCACCACCGCGUUCUAAAUCCUGGUUCCGUGAUCGAAUGCUGUGACUAACAAUAAACGUGGCGGCGCGGGUACGUCUCUCUCUCACUAAUCUUUCCUAUACACAUUCAUAUUUUUCUCUGUUUUUCUCUCUAUCUUCAGCAAUGUGCAUUAUAUUUUUGUUAUUCUUUCUCUCUCUUUCUCUCUUUGUCUUUCAUUAUUCUUAUAUCUGAAAAAGCAUCGUCAAAAAAUAUUAAUUCCAUUCUAAAUCGGUACAACGAAUCCGUACAAAUAUUCCGUUCACUUCAAGGCAUCUAGACGUCUACAUACGCGUUAUCGAGACUUCUUACUGUUAUUGUUAGAGCAAUUAUUUCUCGGAUGAGAAGAUGCAUGAGAAUGUGCUGACCGUCCAGAUGAAAAAAAUAAUGUGUCUAGAAAGAAAAGAAAAGAAAGAAAAAAUCAUAGUAAAACUAACAAAAUUAUUAAGCAAUAAUAUCUUAGAUCAUGCGAUGUCUUUCAUCAUCUGUCUCUAUCUCUUUUUCUUUCUUUCUCUCUCUGUCUCUUUUUCUUUCUUCCUCUUUCUGAUAUGAUUUUGAUAAACAAGAAAAGAACUCCUUCUGCAGCUUUUUUUUCUAAUCGGAUUAAGUUCAAGGUGCUUCGAUCAUAUAUAAAAAAAAACCGAGAGAAGAAAAAGAAAAAGAAAAGAAAAACUUCUUUUUCUUCCCCUCUUUCUCUCUUUCUCUCUACCAAAAUCGAUAUAUCUCAAUCGAUCCUAUGGUGUCAGAUUCGUGUCACGUCGUGAAUUCAUCAGACGAAUAAUACAUAAGACGAAAGAAGUGAGUUCUCGGUCAGUGUUCUCUUGAAACGUAACUCGCAACGUUUCCAAAUAAAAGAAAGACAAAGAGAGAAAUCAGAUUAAAUGACAAAGAUCAAGAUCAUCGGAAUUCCUUGAACUAUCACGAUAUACGAUGGUUUGCUUUUCGAACUCGCGCCGCCUAUUAGGCCUAGUAAGUCUCUCGUUUUUAUUUUGAUAUAUUUAUAUAUAUAUAUAUACACAUUUAUAAAUACACAUAAAUAACACGAACACACACAAUACGAGUGUAUAUAUAUAUAUAUAUUAUAUUAUAUAUAUAUAUAUGUAUUUAAAAUUUAAUAAUUACUAUUCGAAGAAGACUUAAGAUCUGAAAGGUACGACCUAUCCGCUCGUCUUUUUCAUCGUGAAGGCUCUCACUAUAUAUUCUUUAUAUAUACAUAUAUAUAUGUAUGUAUAUAGAGGGAGAAGGAAGAGUCUGAUCGAUCGAUGUUGGUGAGAAAUUAAUUAGUAAAGCGCGAACGACCGCCAUAAAUCAAUAAAUAAUAGGAUAGAAAUAUUAUUAUCGAGUAAUGUGUUCGCGAAGAUAUUUAAGAUGGCUUCGUAUUAAAUAGUCUCGUACUCAUCAUUAUCAUUAUCCGUGUCUAAUCGUCUCACAGAAUAUUCAGAAAAAGAAGGAAAGAAAAAAGAAAAGAAAAUGAGAGAGAGAGAGAGAGAAGGAAAGAAAAAAGAAAAGAAAAUGAGAGAGAGAGAGAGAGAAGGAAAGAAAAAAAAAGAAAAUGAGAAAGAGAGAGAGAGAGAGAGAGAGAGAGAAGGAAAGAAAAAAAAAGAAAAUGAGAGAGAGAGAGAGAAGGAAAGAAAAAAAAAGAAAAUGAGAAAGAGAGAGAGAGAAGGAAAGAAAAAAAAAUAAAAAAGCUCUUGUACUCUUUGCGACCGAUCGUUAUUGUUGUUGUUCUUCCCUUGCUUCGCUCGAAUACGAAACAAAUAUAACACCUGAUUAAGGAGGAUGAUGUUUCAAUGUGAAUGUUCCCCUAAAUGGAUAUUAUUAUUAGACGUUAACUAGGAGAUAUCGCGGUCGCGUUGUAUUAGAUCGAAUUUCUCGUGACUCCUCCGUGAUUACGACGAUCGAUAUUACGUGAGAAUGAGCAAUGUAUUAUAUUAUUAUUAUUGUUAUUAUUAAACAAAUGUUUCGCUAGCUCAUUAAUUUCCAUCUAAUCUCGUUUAUGAUCUUUUAUCGGUUUUAUAUUUUUUUUCAAGGCAAUAGAAUCUUUUUUUAUCUCAUUAGAUAUUUUUAGCUAAUUAAUUAUUUUUAACAAUGGACAUACGAGGAUGGCUUUUUGAUCUAAUUUAAUGAUUAAAUAUCGUCGUUUCAUUCACGGACAUACAUAUGAAUAGUGUCAAUCGGGCGGAUUGGUCGGCCUGCAGAUUCAUUGUGUUUCUUAUAUAGUAUAUAUAUAUAUGCAUGUAUAGUAAUAUAUAAGAGAAAAAGAGUAUUAAUGGCAUGCGAGAGAGCACACACGAGAGAAUGUUCAUUGAAGAACCUAGUUUCAUCCGAUACAUCUCUCUCCCUUUAUACGUAUAAUAUAUACACGGUAUGUAUUAUACAUAUAUAUACAUAUUCAGUAUACUAAUCGAGAUGAAUUGAAACGAUCACUGGUCGAUAUGUCAACGAUUUUCUAAUAACGCGAUUAAAACAAUUUUUUCGUUGAAUUAGAAUCGUUUGGACAUAUUAACGCGUGACACUUUAAAUACCUCGUUACGUAUACACGUACAUAUGUAUGUAUGCAUAUAAAGAAAGUACGCGGAAAGACUAAUGGAAAAUCGUAAAUGUUAAUUAUUAUUAUUAUUUAUCAUUAUUAUUACUAUUGCUGUUAUUAUUAUUAAUGCCGUUACGAAAUAUUUAUUGUUAAUUUUGAUAAUGAGUUUUGUCGUAUCGUUCCUAGAGAGAAAAUACUCUCGCAAGUAUGAGAGAAUAUACGAGAUAGGACAUGUACACGUAUAAAUAUAAAAAAUGAUCGCGUGUUACACGAUUUAUACUCAAGAUCGAACUGAUGAGAUGAACACUUGAUUGGCUGACAUUCGGGGUGAAAGAUUUAUCUUUUUAUUCGAUUAUCGAUAAACGAUCUUCUUAAAAAAAAGAAAGAAAAGAAAAAAGAAAAGGUGAAGAAAAGAUGGAAAGAAUAUCUUAAAAAUAGCAAAAAUUAGACGGUGUAAUUAGUUAGGCAAGUGUUAAGAGAAAAAUCUGCUACCUCGAUAAUAAAUUAGCAAAGGAAACUUUUCGAGUAAGAAGAAGAAAGAGGAGAACAAUUCUAUUGUGUGAAUAAAUCUCUAAAGAGGAAACUGCGAAGAAGACUGCAACAUGAUUUAAGACUCUUUUCGAAUCUCAUAAAACUUUCGACUUAGUUGAGUUCCUUGCUAUUAUUCUAGUAAGAAAGCAAACGAUUCGAACAGUUAGUUAGUCAACGACGACAGAUAGGAAGAUAGAGACUGAAAAGUAUAUAUACAGGUUGUGGACAAAUUUAUCUGUCAAAAUCAGCUGAUCUACGAAAUUUCAUUACCAUUUGAAAAUUUAACAUUAAGGAUCGAAAAGUAUGAGACAGAAAAGUAUAUGCAGGGCGUUGAUAAAUUUAGCUGUCAAAAUCAGCUGACUUUGACAACUUUCUUGUCAAGAUUAGCUGAUUUGUCAAAUUUUACUACCUUUUAAAAUGAAUUUAUCAUGAUAGAUGAAAAAUGAAUAGAGAAAAAUGAUACAAGAGACAAUAUUUUUUAUACAUCCUGUAUAUCUUUCUAGCCAGUGUUCUCUUUUCUUCAUAAACAUCGUCGUUGUUGCUCGUUAUUAUUAAUACCAUGAACGAUACUUUCACUCGGAUAUUAUAAAGUUAGCGAAGGAAGAACUCGCUUUCUGAGUAUGUCUAUAUCAUUAUUUCGUUAUUUUUAUGAUCUAGAGAAGAAAAGAAGAAAAUAAUAAGAGUAGUGAAGCGAGGACUUGGAUAUUAAUAGCAAAUGCAAUGUUUCUACAAGCUCGAUAUUUUCAAUGAGGAAAUACAUUGAUCCGGCUUUACAAUCGAACGAGCUUGUUAUUAUUAUUAUUUUCCAAUUAUGAGAUUCCAACGAAAGAAAGAAGAUCGCUUAUCUAUCAUUUUCUUCUAUUUUCUUUCUUGUGAUAAAACAUAGUUUCUACUUCAUAAAAAAAAUUUCGAGAGAAACGUUGCCUCGAGUGUCGACUUAACGUCGUUUGAAAUUAUGUCAAGUUUUUCGCGCGUAAUCUGCAACAUAUCAAUUAAGGUUUUUAGUCGUGCUAGAAGAAAGAAGAAUACAAAAAACAAAUAAAGAAAUAAAUAAAGAGCCGACCAUAACCUACGAACAUCUAUGCAUAUCAGAAAGUGUGCUCUGUAUUAGUUGUGUUAACAACUUAAUUAAGAAUUAGAAACAGAUAAAAAUAAAAAAGAACAAAAAAAAAAAAUGAAGAAAAAAAAAAGGAGGAGGAUCAUAUGUAUGUAAUAUGUUAUGUAUCAAGUAGAAAGAGCGUUCUCAUAUCAUACACGAUGCGCUCGAGAUGGGAUUAAUAUUAGACGGCUUUUUUUUUUGUAAUAAAAAUCAGAGAUUCGCCCUUUUAAUAUGACAAAAAAAAAGAAAAGAAAAAGAAAAAUUAUUUAAAAAAGGAAACAAAAAAAAAAGCCGCGGAAAAUGUUUCCCAUUCUCUAUCUUUUUCCUUCCUAUUUCCUUCGAAAGAGAAGGGAAAUAAACUGAAAAAAAAUUCACUAAUAUACUACAUAUAAACGGGCUGUACGUACGCCGAAGAACACGGAAAAUGUAUGUUGUUUGUGUGUCGUUUCUUGGCAACGAACAGAAAAAAAUAAAUAAAAAUUAAUAACAAUACUAAUAUAUCUAGAGAUCUCUUUCCAAAAAAAGUUCGAAGAUCAAUAAAAUCGAGAAUGUAUAUAAAUACAUAUAUACAUAUAUAAAUGCUCGAAAAUUUACAAUUAAAUUUGCUUCAAUUAAAAGGAUAAAAAAAAAAAAUAUUCGUUAAAUUAAUUAAAAAAAAAAUAAAAAAAUAAAUAAAAUAAAAAUGCGUACUUACAAAUCGUUGCAUAUUAAUAAACAAACACAUACAUGCAUACACACUCGAACAAUAAUCAGCAAAAUCCAAAAAAUCCAUUUAGCCCGUGACGCGCCUACGAAUUAUUGUAGCAAGUAUAUAAUAAUAACAAUAAUAAUUAAAUGUGAAAAGAAGAAAAAAGUAACGGCAAAAUGUGAAGAAAAAAAGAAAGAAAAAAGAAAAAGAAAAAAAAAGAGAAACGCCGGACUUUAUCUCCUCUCCCUCGCGCAUUUCCAAAAAUGGGUUUAUUAUAUAUCCAUGUAUGUACUAAUAUCAAAGCGUUACACGGUACUUUAUUAUACAAUAUAUGAUAUACAUCUAUACACACACACACACACACAUAGACACACAGACACAGACACAGACACACAGACACAGCACACAGACACAGACACACAGACACAGCACACAGACACAACACAGACACAACACAGACACAACACAGACACAACACAGACACAACACAGACACACACAGAACAUACAUGCAUAUAUAUAUAUAUAUAUAUCUGUAUGUAUAUUAUACGUGUAUACCUAAAGAAAAAAAAAAAAAACGAACAAGAUGUUGGUUGUAAGUGUUAAAAAUAAACUGUGUAUAAAAAUUUA